AUAAAAUGGCCGUAUCCCGCACUCUUUACUCAUCAAUGGUUGAAGCAUCCUCUGAGCUGCUUUGAUCUAACAACGCCGAACCAAACGAAUCCAUUGUCCUCAAACAUCCCAGCGAGUUACUAUGGCCUCCAACAUCGAUGAGGCGCAAGGCGUCAACACAGCGGGGCCUUACAAACCAGAUAAUGAAGAGAGGGAUGAGUACUACUUUGGUAUUGCUGGGAAGCCGAGAUUGGUCGCCAGAACGAGCCAUAACCGCUGGUCAAGGCCGGUACACGAAGGGGCUUCGAAUACUCAACGUCGCAAACAAUAUGCUCCAGUGCUUGAGAGCGAGCAGCCCGAAAUCACGUCGAAGUGGACACAGGACCUGACUCCUGCACUUAUCGAAGCAUUGAAUGGAUGUAACUGGUGUUCUUUCUUCCCGAUUCGUAUCGGUUUCGAGGAUACCCCUUUUGAUGAAUUCCCCACAGUCCUGCUAGUUACAGUAGAGAAGGACAGUCUGCAGUGGGAAGAAGGCGUUGCUAUCGCCCUAGGAUGUCGCAAGGUUAUCCGAGACUUCGAGAUUGCCAAUGUUGAGGUCGAGAUUCGUGAGGACAGUUGACCCGAGGCGGAACAAGGAGAAAACAGGACUUGUUAGCAAACGACGUCUCAAGACAGGUCUGGAAAGAGCAGCAUUCAAGUAGUCGUUCGACGCCACGCAGAUGUGAAGAGCCAGUUCUCCCAGGAGAUGCUCAUCGUCCUAUCCCGGAAAGAUUAUGUAUUUUCAGCCAAGAGGAACUCAGGCUCCAGUAUCUUCGAUAUGCAGAGUAGAGUUAUUAGAUUGUCAACAGUAAUACUGCUGACACAUCUUAUGACGAAAAAAAGGGUGGUACCGUAGCCAUUGGCCUAAGGGAACUAGUAUUACUUUGUUAGAAGACAUAAAAAAUUAUGUUA